AUGAUGUAUUGCAACAGUUCCCACAUUGACCGCACAUAAUAAAAAACCCGUGUUCGACCCGGGUUCUAUCGAAUUUUUAUUACUGGGAGAUAACUUUCAAAAACUAAUGGAACAUACUUUGUGGCGUCUGGUGAAGCUAUUCAUGUAGGGUUGAUUUCUUUUACCUGACAAAUAGUUAUAUAGCGAGAGCCCCUCGUAUAUCUCCAUAAUUUUGAAUAAAGUGUACCCAAUCGACUGUACAGUCUGGAUCAGAACUCAGAAGAGGACCUCCAGGUUGAUCUUAAACAUCUACUUCUGGAACCGACAAAGACUAGGAAAACCAGGACCAUCCCAAAGACGAAGAUUGACGCAAGAGUGCAGUGUCUUCAAGUCUGAAGUUCAGGUAAGUUAUCUUCAGGUAAGUUUCUCGCGUUUUGCUCUCAUUGAGGCCAUUCAGACUUAUCAUUCAUUAGAAAGAUAGGUCCUUCCCACUACAAACUAUUCACCAUUAAAUUAUGCUGGUACAUUCCGCGAGAUAUAAUAUCAGCAGG